CACCUCCUAUAAAUUGUUCCUGGCAACACGAACACUGCUCAUCUGCGACUGCUGCUGUACACAUCAGUGCCAACAAAGCUCAUUUCAACACAGAGAACUUUCAUUUGACGUAUUUUACUUCAUUGACCAAACUUUUUUUCGUUGUUGGAUAGAAAACAUCACCAUGAACACUCUGAACCAGCAGUAUGAGGAGAAGGUGCGUCCCUGCAUCGACCUCAUUGACUCUCUUCGCUCUCUGGGUGUAGAGAAGGAUUUAGCGCUGCCUGCUAUCGCCGUGAUCGGAGACCAGAGCUCGGGGAAGAGCUCCGUGUUGGAGGCGCUGUCCGGGGUGGCUCUGCCCAGAGGAAGUGGCAUUGUAACAAGAUGCCCUCUUGAAUUGAAGAUGAAGCGAAAGAGAGAAGGAGAGGAAUGGUUCGGAAAGAUAAGCUACCAGAACCAUGAAGAAGAAAUAGAAGACCCUGCAGAUGUGGAGAAAAAAAUAAGAGAAGCACAGGAUGAAAUGGCCGGGGUCGGCGUGGGGAUAAGUGAUGACCUCAUCAGUCUGGAAAUCGCCUCUCCUGAUGUUCCAGACCUGACGCUUAUUGAUCUGCCCGGCAUCGCAAGGGUGGCUGUUAAGGGACAACCGGAGAACAUCGGAGACCAGAUCAAGAGGCUGAUCCAGAAGUUUAUCAAAAGACAAGAAACCAUCAGCUUGGUGGUUGUUCCGUGUAACGUGGACAUAGCGACCACAGAGGCCCUGAAGAUGGCCCAGGAGGUGGAUCCUGAUGGAGAGAGGACUCUGGGUAUCUUGACCAAGCCUGAUCUGGUGGACAAGGGCACAGAAGAGACAGUGCUGGACAUCGUCCACAACGAGGUGAUCCACCUGAAGAAGGGCUACAUGAUCGUCAAGUGCAGGGGGCAGAAGGAGAUCACUGACAAGGUAUCUCUUCCUGAAGCGAUAGAAAGAGAGAAAGCCUUUUUUGAAGAACAUGUGCACUUUCAAACUCUCUACAAUGAAGAUCAUGCGACUGUUCCUAAACUGGCUGAGAAACUCACACUUGAGUUGGUGCAUCAUAUUGAGAAAUCUCUGCCUCGACUUGAAGAGCAGAUUGAGGAGAAGCUAGAACAGACCCAUGCAGACCUGGAGAGAUAUGGAAAUGGACCCCCAUCUGAAGCAGCUGAGAGAAUCGUCUUCCUCAUCGAUAAAGUGACGGCGUUUACUCAGGACGCCAUCAGUCUGACUACAGGGGAGGAGCUCAAGUGUGGAGACAGGCUCAACGUCUUUUCUACGCUCAGAAGAGAGUUUGGGAAGUGGAAUGUCCACCUGGAGAAUUCAGGACAAAAGUUCAACAACAGGAUUGAGAGAGAGGUGGCGAACUAUGAGGAGAUGUACCGAGGAAGAGAACUGCCGGGCUUCAUCAACUACAAGACCUUUGAGGUCAUGGUCAGGGAGCAGAUCAAACAACUGGAGGAGCCUGCUGUCAAGAGACUCAAAGAUAUAGGAGAGGCUGUUAGGAAGGUGUUCGUACAGCUGGCCAUGAGUAGCUUCACUGGAUUUCCUAACCUUGCGAAAACAGCCAAGGCAAAGAUCGAAGCCAUAAAACAAGACAAAGAAUCCACUGCUGAAUCCUUUCUGAGAACCCAGUUCAAGAUGGAGCUGCUUGUUUACUCCCAGGACAGGACCUACAGCUGCAGUUUGAGUGACAGAAAGAAAGAGGAGAAUGAGGAGAAUGAUGAUAUCGCCAUACCAAAACACCCCCAACCUUUUGGAUAUCAAAGUCUUGUGUACUGUACGGAUAAUCAUGCUACACUUCAGGAGCUGAUGUUGCACCUAAAAUCAUAUUACAAAAUUGCGAGCCAGCGUCUGGCAGACCAGAUCCCUAUGGUGAUCCGUUACCAGAUGUUGCAGGAGUCUGCUGUCCAGCUGCAGAGGGAGAUGCUGCAGGUGCUUCAGGAAAAGAAGAAUUUAGAGUUCUUUUUAAAGGAGGACGCCGACAUUGGCAGCAAGAGGGCCAAUUUGCAGAGCCGCCUCAAACGCCUCAUGAGGGCCCGUGCAUACCUGGUGGAGUUCUAGAAAAGCCUUUUACCUCCUUUUACAGCAGCAAGAAUGGUGCAUAGGAAUUCUGACCUUGAAUCCGGUCUCAUUUAUUUAACCUCAAUCCAUGCAGAUACAAGGUGCUGUUCUCUUGCUAUGUUCGACUUUAUUCAACUAACUGGCUCAUGCCCUGAGUCUUACUGUGCACUUGGCCCCCCCUUGUGGUUUCACAGGGAAAUGAUGUUUUAAAAAAAACCUGCUUAGAAGCAAAACAAGUUUAAAUCCUUGAAUAUCAUGAUUUUCUUUUACAUAUUUGGAUUUUGUAGAUUAAAAAUGAUCAAUGCAAUCAAUUAGCACAUGUAGUCUUUCAUUCUCAGAAGUUCUGAAUUCCAGACUAGUUCGCCACCAAUGAUUAAGACUUUCUUCUUUCAACCAUUAAAGGCAGGGUUGGUAAUUUUCUCCAGAUACACUCUUCUUUAAUAACUUGUUUUUGUAAUAAUUCUUUUAUGAGUGUGACAUCUCUUGUGUAUUACCAAUGUCAUUUUAGAGGGUGUUUUAUCAGAUACCUACGGUAAGUGUAUAAUCUCAAAUUGAGUGACACAAACAGGCAUUACAUUAAUACUACAGACACAAACCUAAAAAGUCACCAUGUUGGUUAAUAAAUUUAACGUGCAUACGAUUUGGGCAAGUCAAUUUUAUUCAAAAACUCAUACAAAAAGUAGUCCUACACACAUGCAAAAAAAUUUUUUUAAAGGUUUGAUUCAUUGUUCUUCAGUCAGUAUCUCCACGACUUCAUUCAUCAUUCCCAGCAGGGCUCCCCUGAUUGUUGUCGUCAUUGUCUGAUUUCUCAUCAUCUGUGACAGACAAAGAAGGUUAGAGAGGUACUUGCAGAUUUGCUUGACUUUACAGAUUAACCACUUAAUAUUUGGAAUUUCUGGAAGAAUGAGCACAACACAAAAAUAGCCUUUCAGACCAACGAGCACAACACAGGGACACUCACUAUCAAGAGUCUGCUGUAGUUCCUGAAUAGUACUGAGUAGCACAUGGAACUGCUUCUUUCUUAACUCCAUCUUCGUAGGAGAAAAAGGAGAUUUCAAAAUUAGAUAUCACAAGCGGUUCAAGAAAUAACAGAUUUGAAUCGUAAAGAAUAGAAUAUAGUUUUAGCCUCACCUUUGCAUCUACAUUUUCCUUGAUUCGAGACAGUUGCUGGAGCUCUUUGUCAAGCGCCUCCAAUUGUCUGUAGAGGAUCAAACAAAAUUAAGUACAUAAUCAUAGACAAAACAGGUUAAAAAAAAAAGGAAUACAAAUAUAAUAGAGUGACUUACUUCAGUGUUUCAUGUCGGUCUGGGUGUUGCUGGAUAACCUUAGCUAAAGCAUCAUACUCUGAAAGGAAAUAAUGAAAAUGUGAAUGUGUGACACUAACCACAAAUAAUACAACUCUGUAUUUAUAUUGUUAGCAUUAAAUCUUAACUGACUGAUACAUUUGGUUUACAACAAGAAUUAAAAAAUCCCUGCUAAACACUCCAAUUCUUUUACCUUCUCUUAAAUCUCAAUCUGAUUUCUCAUUGUUUGGCUUUUGAUGCAUUGUCUCUCCAUCUGUGAUCACUCUUUAAAUCUCCUGGGUAUUUUCCUUUGGCUGUUUGUACAAUGUGUUGUAUACGGUUUGACUUAAAAGUACUUGUAUGAAUUACCAUUGAAUAAACUUUUCGUGAGCCAUAACAUUAAA